AAGACUACAUAGAUACAAUUGUAGUAUCUUGUUUCUUUCGCUUCCCUGUCUGUCUCUGAUCAGUGUUUGUGUUUGCGACAAUGGAGACUGGACUUCCUACGCUCAACUGUCUCUUGCAGCACACGCUUCGGAGUCUAUGUUCAUGUUCAGAUUCUUCCAGUUCCUCAAAAUGGGUGUACGCCGUUUUCUGGAGGAUAUUGCCUCGGAAUUUCCCCCCACCGAAGUUGGAAUAUGGAGGUAGUGCUCUUGAUCGCUCCAAAGGAAACAAAAGGAAUUGGAUUCUUGUGUGGGAAGAUGGGUUUUGUGAUUUCUUUGAAUGUGAGAGAAAUGGAAGUGGUUACAUAAAGGGGAGGUUUGGGGCAGAUGUCUUCUUCAAAAUGUCUCAUGAAGUGUACAAUUUUGGAGAGGGAUUAAUAGGGAAAGUUGCAGCAGAUAAUAGUCACAGAUGGGUGUUUAGAGAUGCUCCAAGUGAUGGUGAUCCAAGUUUUAUCUCCUCCUGGAAUGUAACCAUUGAGCCUCAACCUAGAGCAUGGGAGUUUCAGUUCAAUUCAGGCAUUCAGACAAUUGCCAUCAUUUCUGUCAGAGAAGGCAUAGUUCAACUGGGCUCGUUUGAUAAGGUUGUGGAAGAUCUCAAUCUGGUGAUCAGCAUACAGAGGAACUUCGGCUAUCUCCAAAGCAUUCCAGGUGUCUUCGCCAUCCAAAGACCAUACCUUCCUAUCCAACAUCCAUACGUCCUCAAACCCAAUGCCCCAAUGAUAGAAAACCAUGAAACAACUCUUUCCUUGUACGACAAACGCCAAUUAACAGGAGUGAAGAGACUGUUCGACGAAAAACCUGACUAUUCUCCCCUAAAAUCGAUCAACUUGGGCUGGAACACUCCACAAAAUGGCGUUGCAGGAGCACCCAACAUUUGGUCAAUUCCACCUCUUUCUCCUACCAUGUCUUGCAGCCUCGGAGCAUUGCUAGCAAAGCUACCUUCAGUUCCAUCUUUCAACGCUAUUGAAGCUCCAGAAACAGCUCUGCUCAACGACAUCAACAACACGAAUGAUGGAAUUCAGAUACCAAACAUAAAACUGGAGUCUUCCUGUCAUAUGGAUGGUGGUCAAGAAGAAAAAGUACCCAUUUCCAUGAACCAUAACUCAGAGCAAGGAAAUGGAUUAGCAGUGGAGUUGGGAUUUAGACAUCAAGGGAAGGAGAAAGUACCUUUAAAUCCCAAUUAAUUAGCAUGGACAAGUUGCAUUUAUUGUCAUGAAAAAAGAUGGUUUGGGCACUGCAAAGCUGAUUUUGUAGGCUCGUUGGUAGAUCACCACUUUGCCCCAUAUUAUUUCAUAGAUCGAGCUUUCUUUCAAAGUACUUAGCAUAAACAGUUCUGCAAUGCAAUAACUCAUCUUUUCAUUA